CAGCAGUAGCAGCAGCUGAGCUCAAGUGAACUACAUUCCAGGUUUACUUCGCAGUCUUGUCGUUUUGCUUCUUCAUAUUCAUGCGCGGCACCCUUUUAAUACAAUCUCAUACACUUUUGAACUUUGUCAAUUAAAACUAAAUUGCCGUUCUAAACAUUUCCCUCGCUUUUAAUCUCGCGGUGUUUGGAAAGCUUAGGAAAGGAUUUCGGAGAAAGUUUACGAACUACGUUUCUAGCGUGCGGAUGCAUACUGUAGCAGUAAGAGGGUACGGUGGAUUUCGUAUCAAUGUUUGGCGCGUCUGUCCGCAGUGGAAAAUGUGAAAAAUGCUAGUUUUGCGCGUGUUCUACAGUGGUUCAGUGAAACUCUAAUUUGUGGGAAGCCGCCUAGCCCCAGUGUGAAGUGCGCGAAGCUGAAAAGCCAGGCCCGCUUUGUGUUUGUAUACAAAGUGGCCAGCGAGCAGUGACGGCUUGAAGAAACCCAUCGCUAGUGGGAAAUUAAGAAGAUGUAGUGGAAACAAGUGUGUGCCUUGCUCUACAGACUUUCCAGCCUUUUCUUCGCCCGAGUGUGGUCCGUUUUCGUGUCCGAUAUCUUCCUUAUUCGAAUGUGAAAUUGUGGAAUUUAUCGAAAAGAGGAUGGGAUCCCGGGCUGGCUGGCUGGCUGUACACUUUUGAAAUGGCUGCUCUGGUGGUGAAGUCAGGAAGUAACACCAGCAUCUGUGGCAGCGAGAAUUCAUCUGCCGGGGAUGGUGACUGAUGUGGGUGGUUCUGAAUUUACCAACAAAUCAAGAUGAAUGGUGAAAUACCUAGUGUACCUAUCACCACUUUGGCUGGCAUCUCAAGCCUUACUGACUUGUUGCCGGAGAUGCCCUUGCCCUCUCCUCUACCUCUGAGCAGCAAGUCCCUACUUUUUCACCCUCGAGUAGCAGAAGAGGCCCAGAAUCUCCUCAGUGUGCGUGAUGAAUCACUGGUUCCUCAGCUAAUUCAAUCUUUAAGUCAAACUUCAUCACAACACAUAGAACUAAAGGAUCACUAUGCUGGUACAGAACCUCCGGUUGAACAGCAGCAAAAUAUUCCCGAGCUUUUGAAGGCAAUUCUUCACAGGAAUCCCAAUGUUUUCAAGGGACCACCGGCUAAUUCAUCCACUCCUGUAUGGAAUCAGAAUUUCAACUGUAACGAUUCAUCCCCAGCAAGUUACAGUCAGGAAUCGCCUAAUAUAUCCUACUCCGGUUUAGCAACUGGGCAGUUCCCUCAAGAUCAAGUUCCUGGACCUGUGCCGGUUCCUAUUCCUCCACCAGAUCCUGGUCCUCAUCAACGAGUGUCAGUGAUAACAGAACAAUAUAAGCCUCCUAUAGUGCAUAACAAUUUUGAAGCCAAUGACUUAGCUAGUGCAGUAAAGGACGAGUCGUCACUGUUACAAGCACCUCCUCGAAGUGGUGGUGUUCAGGGAGACCUUCCGAACAGCACACAGGAGCCCUCAAGCAUUCCCCGCACAAAUGCUAUGCAAAUAGCAGGUUCCUCUCCAGCUCAAGCUAGUACAGCGCCAGUUACCCAAGAACAGGAUAAAUCUAAGCUGUUGUCUGGAAGGCACAGUCGAAGAACCAAUUCUGUCAAUUCAAAUUCCAAUGCGGAUGCUAAAGUAACUGGCGAAUCAUCUUCCUCGCUGCCAGCAUCAGUUCAAAUACCUGACAUCAUGAAGCUGAAAGAUUUGAAAGAACCUGUUGUUAGAUUGAAUAGGUUAUCAGAGGAGGAUCAGGCGUUGAUGCAAAAAAGUCUGAAAGCUUUUGCUGAGAAGUCACCAUCUUUAGCAAACCAACUUGGCAUUUUAUCUCCACCCUCAUCUAAUCACCGUUCAGCACAUAAUUCAACGUCUUAUAAAGAAGACUCUGGAUCUGACAGCGAUGAGCCCCUCCAAAAGAGCAAGUAUUUUAAAUCAAGAGACAAAGAAAGGGAAGAAAAGCGACUCAAAGAGAAAGAUAGUCGGAAGAAAGCUCGUGCUGCCGAUUCAGAUAAUGAGUACGUCCCAGAUGAUGACUCUGCGCCUCAAUCAAUGCGCAAGAGGCGUCAUGCUAAUUCAAAUGAUGGUGGAAACCCUGUCGAUGAUUUUGUGCCAAAGACAAAGUUGCGAAAAGUUGAAAGAAAACUUGCCCCAGCUGCUGAGAAACUGAGUGUAGAGGAACUGAUGGAAACAAACACAUACCAAAGGUUUAGCAGAUCGAUUGACCUAGUAUUUGAUAAUACUGAAGACUUGGAUCUCAACACAGAAAUGGAAGAUGAUGCGGAUGUUCCUCCUGAGGCUCUUAUACCUAAGUACCAGCUUCAAGAACUUUGUGGUGAAGCUGCUAAACUUAAAAAUCUCGGUGCUAUGGAAUCCUUUCCGGCUGAUCGACUUGUUCGCUUGCUGAACAUUUUAGAAAAGAACAUAAGAGAUGGUGUUCGAGUUUGUCCCCUUGCUGAUCCUGAUGAGGAUGAAGAGGAGAGUAAACUUUGGUUAGAGUUGGCCAUGGAGAGAGUAAUGCGGGCAGUGGAUGCAUCACUAACAUCUAUGUACAUUCUUACAUCUCCUAACAUGCCCAAAAGAAUAUAUUUGGAAGAUGUUAUUGAUCGGGUUGUGGUGUUUUGCAAGUUCCAACUAGUUAAUACCAUAUACCCUUCCUUUGACCCUGUGUAUAGGGUAGAGAAUAAAGCCAAGUCAUCCAAAGAUGAUCACCCUGGAAGUGGGCGCAAAAAGAAAGAAAAGCACCACAGUUCUCACGUCAAAGACAAAAGUAUCCAAACUUUGUACAACAAGCUACAUGAACUAGUUGGCUUGUUGAGUGAGUUACUGAAUGUUCAGGUUCUAACUGACACCACCGUUCUUCAUGCAUCCUCUCUUGGUGUUGGACCUUUCUUUGUUGAGGGGGUGAGCGAGCUCCAGCUCUCAGCAUUACGUCUCGUAACUUCUAUUUUCACUAAAUAUGACAAGCACAGACGACUGUUACUGGAUGAUAUUCUUGCAUCCAUUGCUCGUCUGCCCAGUAGCAAACGCAGCCUCAGAACAUACCGUUUAAGUUCGGAUGAGAACAUCCAAAUGUUGACAGCUUUAGUUUUACAACUUAUUCAAUGUGUGGUUGUAUUACCAGAGACACUGCAAGAUCAACUCAUGGCUAGUGCUCCAAAAGCUAAAGAUGGAAAAGCAAAAUCUAGUAAAGAGGAGGAAAAGAAACCGGAAAUUGUUAGCAAUUGUGACCGAGAUGUUUUUAUUGCUGGUAAAUACGACACUGCAAUGCGGACUGCAGCAAAUUUCCUCUCUGUUUUCUUGAACAAAUGUGGGAACAAGUCAGAAGAAAUUGAUUAUCGUCCCUUGUUUGAAAACUUUGUUCAAGACUUGCUUACAACUGUUAACAAGCCAGAGUGGCCUGCUGCAGAACUUCUCCUUAGCUUACUAGGAACUCUCUUGGUCACCAAUUUCGUCAACAAAGGAACUGACAUGGCUCUACGUGUUGCCUCAUUGGAUUACCUGGGUGUUGUAGCUGCUCGCUUACGGAAGGAUGCAGUUCAGUCACAACUUAAAGUUGAUCACAUCGAUCAGAUUAUUAGGGAAAUUAAAGCAGAGGAGUUAAAGGAAGAAGACGGUAGUAGUAGUAGUAAAUCGUCAAAACAGGGUAAAGGGUGUGAACUUGAUGAAGAGGAGGAACGGAACCAGUUUCUUCAAAGAGUUCUCCUUGACUACCUUGCUGUCAAUGGUCACAAUGACCAGGCAUUAAUCUAUGCACGGCACUUUUACCUUGCUCAGUGGUACAAAGAUGCCUCUUCUGAUAGAAGAAAAUCUCCCAGCAAAUCACCUAGCAAGAAAAAGAAUCAAAGAGGACGUAAGAAGCGGAAAGAUGAGUCAAGUGAGGAAGAGACUGAGCCCUCAGAUGAUGAUGAUGAUGAUGAAGAUAAGGAUGAAGGAUUAAAUGAUACUGCUCAAACCAAUUCUGAAAAGUUCCGUCUUACCGAAAUUCGAAAGAAUUUCCUUGUUAGUAAGAUUCGUCCAUUCCAAGACUCCACAAACUCAGGAUCUCGUCAACAAGUCAUGCAAACAUAUCUGGACUACACCAGUGCAGAGCUCAUAUCUAGAUUCUUGGCCUCCAAGAGACCAUUCUCUCAAAGCUUUGAUAUGUAUCUUAAACAGAUUCUUAGAGUUCUCACAGAAAGUUCUAUAGCUAUCCGAACUAAGGCCAUGAAGUGUUUAACAAUGGUUGUAGAAGCUGAUCCAGCUGUGUUGGGCCGGGUUGACAUGCAAUUGGGAGUUCGUCACUCAUUCCUGGACCAUUCUACAUCAGUGAGAGAAGCUGCUGUGGACCUUGUUGGAAAAUUUGUUUUAAGUAGACCAGAACUCAUUGACAAAUACUAUGAAAUGCUCUCUGCAAGAAUUUUGGAUACUGGUGUUAGUGUAAGAAAACGAGUCAUAAAAAUUCUCAAGGACAUUUGUAUAGAGUGUCCUGACUUCCCCAAGAUUCCUGAAAUCUGUGUCAAGAUGAUCCGUAGAGUAAAUGAUGAAGAAGGUAUCAGAAAAUUAGUCAUGGAAGUGUUUCAAAAUAUGUGGUUCACACCAGUCCGUGAAAGGCCAUCUUUAGACACUGUAUCACUCAUCAGAAAAGUUAUGAACAUUACCGAUGUUGUUGCUACAUCCCGUGGCAUUGGAAUGGAAUGGUUUGAGCAGCUACUUGUCAGUUUAUUUAGACCGAGGGAAGACAAAGAAGACUCAACCAAGGUGCAUGCUGAGCCCCCAAAGGCCUUAUUAACAGCUUGCAAACAGAUAGUUGAUUGUUUGAUUGAGAAUGUGUUACGAUUAGAAGAAAGCAGUAACACUCAAAACAAGGGAUCGUCUCAAAGACUGGUUGCAUGUCUUACCACAUUGAAUUUAUUUGCUAAGAUAAGGCCUCAACUCUUGGUGAAUCAUGCCAUAACUCUUCAACCCUAUUUGAGCCUUCGCUGUCAGACACAAGGAGAUUAUCAAAUCAUCAGCUGUGUGGCUCGAACGCUGGAACUUGUGGUCCCCCUCAUGGAGCAUCCAAGUGAAACAUUCUUGGCACAACUAGAAGAAGAUUCAGUUAAACUCAUACUGCAACAUGACCGAUCAGUAGUUGCUUCCUGCCUCUCUUGCCUUGGUUCUGUUGUAAAUAAUGUUACUAGGAACUUCAAGCUGAUACGAGACUGCUUUAACAAAUAUUACAGUGUUAUGAGAGAUGUCAAGGAAAAAGAUUUGUUUUUAAAGCAGUCAGCUGCUAGCCAACAAACUCGACCGUAUGUUAGACGUGCUCUUUUCACUGUUGGAUUAUUGUUGAGACAUUUUGAUUUCACCAAUAAAGAUGUCAUCGAAGGUCUUGAUGAGGAUAUUAAAAAUCAAGUGUUUGAAACCUUGAUAUAUUUUGUGAAGUUGGAUGACAAGGAUAUACAAAUUUAUACUUUGCGAGCAAUUGGCUCAUUAUGCAUUAGACAUUAUGAUUUUAUGCUUCAAUCUGACUUGAAAGCUUUAUACCAUGGCCUCCUUACUGGUGCAGACGCUCCUCUUCAAAUGAAAGUACAGGUUUUGAACAACAUUGAAAUGUAUUUGGAGGAAGAAGAACAGAGAAUGAUUCGUCAAGAUCAAGAGUGGGCCAAAAUGUCCAAGUCAGAAAAUCUAAAAGAAAUGGGUGAUGUCACUUCUGGUAUGGCAAGUACUGUCAUUCAGUUGUACCUCAAAGAAAUCAUGGACGCAUUCCUCAAUCCUGAUGUUAGUGUAAGACAUGCUGCACUCAAGGUUAUCCAACUUAUUUUGGCUCAAGGUUUGGUGCAUCCUGUUCAGAUUGUUCCAUAUCUUAUUUGCAUGAGCACUGAUAUGGAGAAAGUUGUUAGCCACAGUGCUGACAAGCAAUUGCAGGACAUAGAAAAGAAAUAUCCAGGUUUUAUUCAUAUGAAAUCUCAACUUGGAAUUAGAUUGUCAUUCAAGCUACACUGUAUUCUUCAGCAAGGGCCAAAGGGAGAGUAUGUUCCUGUCAGAGGGCACCGCCAGAUAGAGGGUGAACCUCUUCCAACAGCCUUGAAUGGUUUUUUGUAUUCCAUACUUAGAAGUACAAAACAACAACGUCGAGCUCUGGUUCUCUCUAUUCUCAAACAAUUUGAUGAGCAGACAAAAACUAGCCUUUCACAAAUGUUGUACUAUGCAGAUAAUUUGGCUUAUUUCCCUUAUCAAGUCCAAGAUGAACCUCUUUUCAUCAUUCAUCAUGUUGAUAUCAUGAUAUCUGUCGCGGGCACCAAUUUAAUGCAAACAUUCAAAGAGGCCUUGAUUCCACUGAACAAUCAAGUGCAACGGUUGAAUCUUGAAACUGGACAACCUGAACUGGUUUCUCUUCCUGAACCUGAUGAAGACGAUGAAGAGGAUGCUGAUGCUUUAUUGGCCAGGAUGCCUCAGGAUACUUCUGUACUGCAGGAUGUCAUUACUGCUUUUCAGGGUUGCUUGCUGCUGUUAGUCCUCAAGCAGCACCUCAAAGAUCUCUAUGGCUUUACUGAUGCGAAAAUAACUCAGUACUCGCCAUCAGAAGCUGCUAAAGUGUAUGAAAAGGCAGUGAGCCGGAAAAGUAAUGCCGUGUUCAAUCCAAAAGCCACACUGGCGAAACUAAAAGAAGGCAGUUCACAAGAAAUUCUUGACCAGGCACAACGUAAAGCAAUUAUCACUCAAUAUUUGGAUUUCAAACAGAUGAUGUUGAAAUUUGAUCCUGAUGAUGCUGAGGAAGAUGAAGAAGGCAGCCCUGGUAAAUCUGGCACUCCAGGUCGUGCAGACAAUGCAGGUGGCACACCCUAUCAACAAGAAGGCAUUGUGCCUCCAAUCACUCUGACCAUUAAUGCAAGUCAUGGUGAUAACAGCCCUGAUAAAGUACGAAUCAACAAUGUGCAGUCUGCGGAUGGAACUCCUCAAAGAAUUCCUAAAUUGACAAUUGUUGCCCCCAAACGGUCAGAGAUCAAAGAACGUCAUCAUCGGAAAAGUCACAAAUCAGAUAAGCACAAAAAGCAUCGCCAUAAAAAGAAGCGCAAGAAGAAUGGUGGUGGAAGUGAUGAAGACAGUGAUGAUUUUAGUGAUCCUGACUUCCUUGUGUGAAGCUUCAAUUUAGUUGUGUUUGUGAAUUAGUGAAACUGGACGCUACUGGAAUCUGUCUAGUGUGAUUUUCAUCAGUAUGACUCUUUUGUAAGUGUGCAAUGGCCAAGAGUUUUAUAUUGUGCACCACUGAACUGAACUUUUUAAAAAUGUGUAUAGUUUGUCUUAUUUUUAUUAAGUAAUUUUAGCAAUUUCAAGUUUGUAACAGGUAUUUAUGUCAAAAGAACAAUAUUAAGAUGUUUGUAAGAAAUCUUGUACAUAUGCUUUGUAAAUAUUAUGUAUAAACCAAAAUAAGUAGAUGUAUUUAAAGAGCCUCUAUGGAGUGCACAUAUGCUAAUGUGUGCACCAAAUGGGAGAGGCACUAUGUCCAGCAAUAGAGUCACUUAAGUCAAGGAGUGUUAAAAUAGUUGUUAUAUUCUGUGGAAGAGCUGAAACUUCAUGUGAUUUUUGCUCAUUGUGCAAUGAUUUUUGAAGCCUGUUAUUCCACAGAUAAAUAUAUUUUCAGGACCAGAGAUUAAGGAUAGUGUCAUUUUAAGAAUCACCAUCAAGUUAAAAUACUCUGCAUUAAUAUCUCUUUUAUCGGUUUUGCUACUUGUUAAAUUUAAUUAUCUUGUAUUGAGAGAAUUUAAACUAGGAAAUUCCACUGUUUCCCAGUGGCAAAUACAUAAAUCAAUUGAUUAUUUACCUACUUUGUAUAUUUGCAAUCAAUUGCCAGUUAUCAGGGUUGAUAAAAAAAAUCUUUUUUUUUCUUUUUUAAAUCUUUAUUUUCUGUGAUUUACCUUUAGGAGUUAAUAAGGAAUCUGUCUAUUCCUAUUAUAAGCUGCGAAACCUACCAACUUGUUUAUUUGCUAUUGUUUUUAUUACUUAACGUAAAUGCUCUGUGCUGCAGUAAAAGCCAUUGCCACAUAUUGUUGACUGAAUUUGCAUUUUAUCCUCCUCCUAUGGCCUCACGUAAUUGAUGUCUCUCGUUACUUGCAGUGCCUCCCUCACACAGAUUAACGUAAUCAUGCCAUUGUUUGAGUGUGUUUUGUAAUUUGUGGCACCAACACUACAUUGUUAGCUAUGAACAAUUUAGAUCUAAAAUGCAUAAAAGCACAUCAGAAUUUCAGAGCCAGUAGUUAGCUUUUGGAUUUGCACAGGACAGAUACAGAUUGUGUUGGAAAGGAGUAGUUGGCAUGCAUGCACAAAUCAACACCUGAUAUCUGGUAAGAUAGGGAAAUAGAGAUACAAAGGUUGAGCUGUUAACUAGAUGUUUGCACCUGGCUGAUGAUUAAGUGCAAAGUUUCCAUACUUUAAUUUUGACUAUAAUUCUGUGCAAAUGCUAAAAGGAGCACUUUCCAUAGAAUUUAAGUUUGAUUUUCUUCUUGGUACAUGGAAAAUAUGUUAAAAUACAAAUUCAGUUACGAGCAGAUUCUUCCAGAGCACUACUAUUUUUUCUUGUAUUUUCUUUUUUUGUUUCCUAUGGAGCUUGAGCAUUUGAUUAUACUAUUAACUGUGUAUAUGUACAGUAAUUGAAAGAUGCUGGGUGCAUUUUCAAUAAAAGUUUUGUUUUAA